CUUCAGAAUCUUGGGUCGAGGUAGCCUCUCAGCCGUCCUCGUCAUCCUUGUCCUCCAUCGAAGACGAUAUCGUGACGACGGGGCUCAGAGUCGGCAGCAACUCGUAUCCACCCAGGCGGAGACGUCCGCAUCAACAAGCCCCCAUGCCUGCGUCGUUCAUCGUCGGUCACCCAGCAACACAAGGGGGUGCGACGAGCAGCCAGGAGGAGUACGACGAGACGGAGAGCGAGGAGGACCGCGUUCUUACCAGCUCAACCGAAGCGAUACACCCGUCUGCGAGCCUAGCCCGCCAACGGUCCGCCGAGCGGGCCGUGCUGGACACAGACUCCGACGAGAGCGACGGCGAUGAAAACGCAACAGCUCUCGGCCGUCCGUCCAACGCCCCGGUAUUCAGGCCCCAGCCGAACGCCUUCUCUAACCCGCCCUCGCAUCUAACGCACCGUCACUCGACCGGCUCAGCGCCGUACAGCCACCACCCGUCACACGCCGCCCGCCCGCACGCCCGCUCCCACCGAGGUCAUCCAAAUUACAUGUCUCCUUCUUACCAAGCUGAUAACGACGCCGCUCUUCGCACCUCCCUGACCACCCUCCUCUCCUGCGCCGCCGCAGCCCGAGGCUUGCCCAAGCAAGACGAGAAGCGCAAUGCCCCCGGCGCGGGCGCCGGCGUUGUGCCAAGCUCGCAGCCAAUGGAGCUUCGCCUAGUCCCGGAAUCAGAGCUCAUGGCCGAUGUGCCACCACCAGCAUCGGGACCCUCAUCUGGCGUGCCGCCCAAGGCCCCUCAAACAGCAAAAACAACAACUACAUCAAGGACAGCAUCCAACUCGUCAGCGCCGAGCGCACCCUCGUCCAACUCCGGCCGCGAACAACCCGACCAGGAGAAGACCAAGCGCGCAGCAACAACGCAGAGCAAGCCGACACGAGCCACAAAAAAGAAACGCACCACCAUCCCUCCCACAACCCUCCUCGGCGGCGGCGCCGCCGCCGAACCCGCCUCCCCGGAAACAGACACCGCAUUCCCGUUUUUCAUGAUAAGCCCCACCCUCCUCACCUGGGUCGUCAGCGCCGGCGUGGUCGUGCUCGUCUCCGUCGUCGGCUUCGGCGCCGGCUACGUCAUCGGCCGCGAGGUCGGCCGGCAGGAGGGUGGCGCGGCCACCGCAGCCAACGCGUGGGGCGGCGGCGCCGCCGCCGCCAACGCGUCGUCCGGCUGCGGGAGCGAAGUGCUGCGGGCUGGCGCUUCUUCUUCUACCGCAGCGUCUGCUGCUGCUGCUGCUGGGGCCGUGGCGGGCGGGACCGGCACGCUGAGGCGGAUCCGCUGGGGCGGCGUCGGGAAGAGCGUUACGGCUUGAGAGCUUGAGAACAGGGAAGGGGAAAUGAAAUACCACCCGUCAAU